UCAAGUGGCAGUGUGAAUAAUUCUAUUUUCUAUAGUCUAUUCAAAGGCCCAUAGAACAACCUAUAGGUGUUAGAUUUCAGGUAUAUAUUAGUAAUACAAUUGCAAAUAAAGGUAUUGAGUACUCAACUACAGUCGACACAGUAUCGAGUAAUUUCAUGUGCAACAAGUGUCCAUUUUAUUUCAUUUAGCGUCGUUUCAAUUAUCACGUGGCACAGACUAAAUUAAAUUAAUUAUGACGAACAUGGAGCAAGAUCAUUCAUCAACGAAGCAUACUAUCCUGUACGAGUGGAAAAUUAAUGAAAUUACAUCAUUAAUAGAAUCCUUGGCUGAAACUGAAGACUGCGUGAAGCUAACAUCACCUGCAUUUUCGACGGGAGCGAAAUCGCAAGACUCGUGGUGUUUAGAAUUAAAAAUUAACAACAGAGACGAACCAUACUCAGAAGACGAACCAGAAUCUACAAAACAAUAUUUGACGGCAUUUCUGCAGCCAAACAAUGGAGAUAAACAAGUAAGAAUAAAAUAUUCACUAUUUAUUCAUGAUAAAAACAAGAAAAAACAUUUCGUUCGUCGCAAUAGCCAAGUUUUUGAUGAUUUAGAUGGUUAUGGUUUUCAUUUAGUUGAGUUAGAGAAUUUGUUGAGUCAAAAAGAAGAAUUUUUAUUUAACGAUACUCUCACAGUAUGUAUAAAAUUGACUGUGUACGAUAAUGAUGAUGAAACUUUAACGAAUUCUUCAAAACGGAAACUUGUCGAUGAUUUUCAACAACUUCUCGAGAGUAAAAUCGGCAGUGACGUAAUUCUAAAUGUUGGCGAUCAAAAAAUGUAUGCUCAUAAAAGUAUUUUAAUUGCACGUAGUCCUGUUUUUGCUUCUAUGUUGAUUAAUGGAAUAGAUAAUAAAAAGAACGAGCUGACGAUAUCUGAUUUUAGAGCUGAAAUAAUUGAAAAAAUGCUUCAAUUUAUUUAUACUGACCAAGUUACUGAUCUUGAUAGCGAUGCCAAGGAUUUAUUGCAAGUUGCUGACAAAUAUCACUUUCAAGCGUUAAAAGAAUUAUGUGAAGAGUCUUUAUUUAAGUCAAUAACAGUAGACAAUGCUGUUGAUAUUAUGGUAUUAGCUGAAAAGAACCAUGCUAAGAGGUUGCUAGACUUUGCUACUAGUUACGUCGUAAAUAAUGCAAGUCAGCUUGUAAAAAAUGGAUCUUUCAGAGUUCAAGAUCAUCUUAAUUGUUCGGUAGUAUCAAAUUUAUUCAAGAAAAUAAUGUCAACUAUGAUCACUAACUCUCGGACUAGAUUUCCUUUUACGCUGAAACAAUUUUUCCUGUCAAGCCUUUUUUUUUUUGUUUUCAUUUAUUAUAUAUAUGUUUAUUUGCUGUCUGGAGUUGUGAAAAUUUAUCGUGCAACCAAAGCUUUCAUGAAGAAUCGAUCAUUAGCUAAAAAUAAAUCGUCAUCUAGCAGCGAGAAUGUUACUUUGUCCGGUGAGCUCACUGUGUUCAAUGAUCGCGCAUCAUUCAGCGCUAAUAUUCCGUUUAAAACAUCAAAGCGUCUAAAUACUGAUGACUUCAAGCAGCUUUUUGACAAUAAUAAUGAAAUAUCUAGUGACGUAACUUUGGAAGUUGGUGGACAUGAAUUCAAAGCUCAUAAAGUUAUGUUGAUGGUACGCAAUCCAUUGGUAUCUGCAAUGUUCAUGGAAAAAUUGAAAGAAAAUAAAGUCGACAUCGCUGAUAUUGAUCAAGAAACUUUGAAAAAAUUGCUAGAAUUUAUAUUUACUGAUAAAGUAAACGCCUUAAACAAUGAUUCUGAAUUGUUAUUGAAGGAUACGGACAAAAAUCAGUUACAGAAACUGAAAAGUAUAUGCGAUGAAUCACUUUGUAAUUCAAUAACUCUUAAGUACGCAAUGAAAAUGAUGAUUGUUGAUGAUAAUUCUGAUCAAUUGCGAGAGUACGCUACUGUAUUCAUCGUUAUUAAUAUUACGCAUGUCAUGAAAGCGAUUAAUUUUAACAGUAAUAAUGUUGAAUUUCCGUUAAUACUGUCAGAGAUUGAUGAUAAGCUUGCGAUAAUGGAUAAAGAUAACGAUGAAAAAAAAAAAUCAGAGGGUGCUGCGGAAGUACGAGAAAUGAUAGAUUUUGAUUAAUAAGUUAAUUUGAAUCUCAAUUUUUACUCUUAUUUAUGCUUUUAUUUAUUAACUUAUUCUGUAAAUAUUUUUUUUUAAUAAUUGCAAUUGUAUAACGCAAGCACGUACGGCGUUAGCUUCGCUUUUUCCUAGCACUGUACUCUCCAAGCAACUUACUAUCAUUGUUGUAUUACACAGUUUGGAGUUAUUAUACAUUGUAUCAACAAGAUAAUUAUUUUUUUGAUAUAAUUUUUUUAUAUUAUUUUUCAUAGUAUUGAUAUAAUAGACUUCUGAUGAUUUUUCUUUUGUGUUUAUUACGACUCGGCUGUUAUUGAAAGAAAAUAUUUAGAAAUAUGAAUGCAAAAAUUUUCAUAAAUUCUUAGCAUGCACUUUUUUUAAUUGUAAUUUUUUUUAAUACUUUAACUGUGUAUUUAAAAUUUGUAAAUCAUUGAACAUAAAUUAUUUCUUGACUGUAAUUUAUUAAUUGACAAUUAUUAUAGUUCAUGUGAAAUUUAUAUUGUAAUUAAAUUGAAAAAUAAAUCCUUCAACUAAUAUUAA